CCGUGUGUGAGUCACGGCAGCGCCGUCAAUGCCGUGUGCGGGCGGGCGGCGCUGCCUGGGCUGCCCCGGCCCCCCUCCCCCGGCACAGGGCUGGCGGGCCGCACUUGUCACCGUGUCACAUCCUCCCCGCCGCCUGCCGACCCGGCUCACCCUCCCCAGCUCGGCCGCCGCCCGGGGCCGCCGCGGCGGCAUGGGAUAGAGCCGGGCACAGCCGCCCCCGCCGCUGGUUUCACGUUGACCUCCCCGCGGUUUAAAUCCUCCCUCGCGUGUCCCCCCCGCUGUCUCCUCGCCUCCCCCGCCGCCCCUCUCUCCACCGAGCCCCCGCUCCCCCGGGCGCCUCCCUCGCCGGUCCUCGCCGCGGAGCCCCCGGAGCGGAUAGCGCCUGGUGCCGAGCGCUUCCCUCCUUCCCCCAAGUCUUCGCGCGCUUGAACAUCUCCGUUUGGCCUCAUUUUUGUGCUUCGGUGGUAUCUGCACAGCCCAAAUUAGCAGCGAGGAUUCCACGGACGGGGGCCGCCGCCUCCCUCGGCUCCCAGAUAUAUGUUGGGGAAAGGAGGAAAGCGGAAGUUUGACGAGCAUGAAGAUGGGUUGGAAGGCAAAGUGGUGUCUCCCACUGACGGUCCCUCUAAGGUGUCUUACACCUUACAGCGUCAGACUAUCUUCAACAUUUCCCUUAUGAAACUUUAUAACCACAGGCCAUUAACUGAGCCAAGCUUGCAAAAGACAGUUUUAAUUAACAACAUGUUGAGGCGAAUCCAGGAAGAACUCAAACAAGAAGGCAGCUUGAGGCCCAUGUUUGUGGCCGCUUCGCAGCCUGCCGACCCUCUCAGCGACAACUUCCGCGAGGCGCAGCCGGCGUUCAGCCACCUGGCCUCGCCGCCCCUGCUCCCCACCGACCUGGUAAGCACUAUGCCCCUGGAGUCCUGCCUCACCCCGGCCUCUUUGCUCGAGGACGACACUUUUUGCACUUCCCCGGCUGUCCAGCACGAUGGUCCGACCAAGCCACCACCUCCUGCUCUCCAGCCAGUAAAGGACAGCUUCUCCUCAGCCUUGGACGAAAUCGAGGAGCUUUGUCCAGCACCUACCUCCGCAGAGGCAGUAGCAGCUGAGCCGGCAGCCGACGACUCAAAAGCCCAGCCCAGCGAGUCCAACAUCCACAAGCCUGAGGGCCUCCCGGAGAGCAGAACGGCUGAAUCCAAACUCAUGGACCCCCUGCCUGGCAACUUUGAGAUAACAGCUUCCACAGGUUUCCUCACAGACUUGACCCUGGACGACAUUCUGUUCGCUGACAUUGAUACGUCCAUGUAUGAUUUUGACCCCUGUACGUCUGCCACGGGGGCUGCCUCAAAAAUGGCUCCCGUCUCAGCAGAUGAGCUCCUAAAAACUCUCGCUCCGUACAGCAGUCAACCAGUAACUCCAAAUCAGCCUUUCAAAAUGGAUCUCACAGAACUGGAUCACAUCAUGGAGGUGCUUGUUGGGUCUUAAAAAUAUUAGAAAUAUAGCAACUUUUUUUUUGUCUUUUUUCUUUCUUUUUUUUUUUUUUUUUAAUUUUAAGUACCAGUAUAUACACUUGGUAGUAUUUCCAUAGUCCCUCCCAGCCCCGAUUCACAGCACUGUGCAUGCAUCCUUGCUUGCCUUUUUUGAAAAGAAAAGGAUCACACUAGUUUUUGCUUCGAGCAGAGUUGGAGUGCCUUCAUCCAUGUAUGACCACUUCUAAUGUAUUUUUUUUAAAGUGGUUCCUCAAGGAAGACCGAAUAUCCUGGUAUAGGAAAGAAUACGUAUUGUAGACAAUGCUAUGUUAUUACAAAAAAAAAAAAAAAAA